AUGGAGGCCGGGGUGGCGGCGGGGACGGGCCCGGCGGCGGCGGCGAGCGAGGCGGAGGCGGCGGUGGUGGCCGAGGCGCUGCGGCUGCUGCGGAUCGAGCCCUCGGCCGCGGGCGAUCCCAGCGCGGGGCGGGCGGGCGGCGAGGAGGGACCGUGCUCGAGGAACGCGCUGCGGAAGCGGCGGCGCUGGCAGCGGGUUCUCGCCGCCCGGCGCGGGAAGCGGCGGCAGGAGCGGCAGCGCCGCCGGGCACGGCGGGCAGCGGCGGAUGGGGACGGCCCGAGACCGGCGCUCGGCAGCGGCCCCGCCGGGCCCGGGCCGCCGUCCGUCCGCCGCGGGAGGGUCCCGGCUGCCCUGGCCACGGAGCGGCUGCUGGAGGCGCGGGCGGCGGGGCCGCGGCUGUGCGUGGACCUCGGCGUGGGCGGCAGCAUGUCCGAGAAGGAGAGUGGCCGCCUGGCCUCCCAGAUCCGGAGGCUCUACGGGGCGAACCGCCGCGCCGCUCGGCCCUUCUGGCUGUGCCUGACGGAGUUCGCGGCGGGGACGCCGAUCUACGAGCAGUGCUUCCGCAUGAACGACGGCUUCGCUGGCUACCUGAUGGAUACAACUCCAGAGAGUUACCUGGACCUGUUUCCUUUGGAGGCCAUUGUUUAUCUCACUCCUGACUCUGAGAACGUCCUUGAAGACAUCGAUCCCAGCAAGGUGUACGUGCUGGGAGGGCUGGUGGAUGAGAGCAUUCACAAGCAGCUGACCCUGCGGAGGGCACGGGAGCAGCGCCUGCAGACAGCCCGGCUGCCCAUCCGCGAGUUCAUGGUGAGAGCCCCCAACUCCAGGAACUACCACUCCGAGACGCUGGCCAUCAACCAGGUCUUUGACGUCCUGUCCACCUACUACGAGACGCGGAGCUGGCCAGCAGCUCUGAGGGCUGGAGUUUCUUCUGGAAAAGGCUACGUGCUACCGGACACAGCGGAACAGGUGGAAACAGCCCAGCGCGCCACUGCUGCCCAAGGAAGCUCUUUAUUGCGUGGUGAGGAGCUGCACAGGCAGGAAGCACCAGCGUGACUGUGCACAGGAGACAGCUGUUCCCAGCAGUGUGAGGAGCUCGUUGGAGCAACACCUUCUGCCUCAGGAAUGCGGUGCUGGACAUCGCCCAUGCCCCUGAGCAGGAAAGAAAAGCCUGGCGGAGCCUGGGAUCAAGUGAAAACUGGCAGGAAUUCAGUUUUGCCUCUUUGCAGCUGUUUGUUUGUGACUCCUGCACCUACACUUGUUCUGAGGUGGGGAGGAGAGCUUUAAGGUGUUUUCUUCAUUUUAUUGAAACAGAGAGUAAGGUGAAGUUAGGAUUGCAAAGCUCAUGGGCAAGGGAAACGCCCUACCAUGGGACGGGACAGUGCUGCUCCUGCAGGAGAACGCGGGAUGGGGAGCAGCUCCCAGGGGCACUGUGUCCCAACAGCUUAAACCCACUGAAGACUCGGUGAGUUGCUGAAGCCUUUGGCUAGUUGUAUGCAUCUAAUAUAAAAUAAAAGGUUUAGAUCCCCA